AUGCGAAUAUCGGGAGCAGCAUCGACGCUAGCUACACCGCGGCCUCCAGGCCGUUUUGCUGCCGAAGAGAGCGCAGCAGCGCCGUCGGUGGCGCAUGAGUAUCGGUGGAAGGUGGACGCGGCGCCUGUGGUUGCAGCAGAGGGGAUGAUGCUCGAAUGGAUGGCAGAGCCACGUGUCGGCCUGCUACUGGACCUCCAGCAUAUACGGCGCCAGCUGGCGGAUCUUCUGGGUAUGCAUGAUAUAGCUGCUGUGCGUGCGGCCACUGCCGUUGGGGAUAGAGGCACGAGAGCAGCAGGUAGCCCUCGCCUGUGGUGGUGCUGCUGGCUGUGCAGUGACUGUUGGACGCGCUACCGCUGUGCCGUGUCCAUCGCUGCUUUCACCAUGCUGGUCGCCAAGUUCCCCCGCUUCGUCACUCUUUGGCGCGCGCACAUGCGGUCUGCUAAUUCGAUCUUUUCCCCAGCUGGCGUUUCAGUUCGGCGCGGGGCGGCAGGCUGGGGGCGACUGCUUGGCGUCGCUGCUGCUGCAGGUGCUGGGAGUGAAGGGCAAGCAGCAGCUGGAGACCGGCUUUGCUGCCCACCUGUUGCCGCUGCUGCCGGGGGGGAGGGACACGCAUGGGGAGUGGGGAGAGGGAGGGGAAAGUCGGGGGAGGGAGGGGGGAAGGGGGGAGGAGUGGAGGGAGGGGUUGAGGGGGAUGGAGUGGGAGGACCCAUGUUCGCCCGCGCUGCUGCUCUCAUCUUCUCCGACUGUGCUGCCCACCGCCACAAGGAGAGCGUGGAAGACGCUGCCGUGGAGGGAGCAGUGAACAGGCUGGCAGCGGCGGAGAGAAGCACAGAGGGCAGUGGAAUGCAGGACCGUGGGAAGCGAGCAGUCGAUCCAGAAGGUCCAGCAGUGUCUCCUGCUGCUAGUGCUGCUGGGUCAGCAGGUGCGAGGACCAAGGGAUCCAACACUGCAAGCGGCGCCAGGCUGGUGCCGGUGAACAGUAAUGCAGUGGUGGCACUGUUCACGUACCGAGUCACGUGCCUGCUGCAAUGGGUGCGGUUUUAUGGCCCCAGGGUCAACCCUGCUGAGGACUGCCGAUGCUUCAACCAGCUGGGGUAUGCCACCGCGCUCCCGCAUCCACUUCACGACCUUCCAAACCUGCUGCAAAGGUUCGGUGCGGUGCCCAAGCUUCCGGCCGCCACAGGCCAGGAAGGUCUGGCAAGGACGGGCUGGGAGGAGUUUCCAGAGGGGGACAGGGCGGCAGUGGCAGAAGAAGAGAACGACCCUGCGAGGAAGUUUUUCGGAUGCAGCACCUUCCACGUGGGGGCGUUUCGUGGCGGCGGCAGUGAGUUGGACGAGGAGGAGAUGCAGAUGGAGUACAACGUGAGGGAGUUCUACCCGCCCCCGGCCCACGUGGACUCCUUCACGAUUCGCUCUCAUCACCUCCCUGGUGGCGAGAUCACUGUGCAGAUCAACACAAGUGGUCCCAUCUUCCCCACGCUGGGCCAUUGUGUGGAGGAGUUUCUGAGAAGCAAACGCCAUUUCUCCCAUUCCUGCCUGCAGCCGCUGCCACCGCUGCAUUUGCAUGUACUACCUGGCUGUAAACUACACCUCGCUCAUUGCGUCCUUCGCCUACCGCCCCUCGUCCGCGCUGCUGCGCUGCCUCCUCUCGCUCUUCCCGGCCCGCUCGUCCCGCUUCAGAGAGCUCCUAGAGAAUCUGGGCGGCCGCUCCCUGCGGUGGUUCCUGACUCGCUGGUGGCGGCGCUGCUGGAAGGCGUGAUGGAGGAGCAUCGGUUGAUGCUGCUCUACAUGAACACGCUGCUUCUCACUAAGGAAAAUGCCCUUCCGGCCAUUCUGGAACCCGUCAGCACCAAUGCGGGCGGGCAGGUGGAGGGGGAGAAGCAGCAGCAGCAGCAGCAGCAGCAGCAGCAGGGGGAGGAGGAGUGGAGGAUGUGGGAGGAGGUGGACAGCUGGCGCAUGGCGGCUGGCAAUGCAUGGCCUGCGGUGGAGGCGCAUGACUCGCCGCUGCAGAUGGGCGCAGGUAAAGGGAGGGGGCGUGUGCAGGGGGAGGUGUCGGAGGAGUGCUGUGAGGGCAUGAUGCGUGCAAUUAAAGACGCUGGGAAGGGGCAGAAGGGGAGGACAGGAGCGUGGUACCUGGUGCCAUGGCUGGGGGGGUGUGGCAAGGUGGAAGGGGCGGGGGUGCAGCUAAAGCUAUGCUCGCGGUGUGGCAAGGCUGCCUACUGCAGCAGGGAGUGCCAGAAGGCCCACUGGCCCACGCACAAGCUCACGUGCCUGCCCAAGGCCAAGGGGAAGGAAAAGGUAGAGGAAUAG